UCAGUCUGCCGGUGCACGCGAGCGCAGAGCGAGCGAGCGAGCGAGCGAGAGAGAGAGAGACCCGGAGGGAGCUGUCCGGUGCUGAAGUUGCAUUUCUCCUCUUUCUCGUGCACGAGAGAGAACCAGACAGAAGACGAGCAGAGAAGAGAGGAAGAAGACGUUCAAAGAAAAAAGAGGUGAAGACUUUCCACCGGAUCAGUGCGAGACAAUCUUCCUCCGUCCUCUGCGUGUGAGCGCGUGUGUGUGAGUGUGUGUGUGCCGGGUUGAGACCACCACCACCACGCUGGCCAGGCCGUCGUGGAUCGGCUGUGUUGUUCGUGAGUGUGUGUCGUUGUGUUGAGUCGGUGUCGCACCCCCGCACCAUGCCAAGGUCCUUCCUGGUGAAAAAGGUGAAACUGGAUGAUUUCUCCACGGCGGCGGAUCUGGAGAGCGUCUACCGGCACAGGACAGACCUCAGCCUGCGGCUCCAUGACAAAGCUGGUUACAUCAGUGACUACAUCAGCCCUGUUGUGUACGAUGGUGAGAGUGACAGUGGGAUCAAGGUGCCGUCUCCCGACCCUCUCUACGACGGCAUCCACAGCGACUACGGGGCUCCUGACUCUGAGUCACCUGACAGCCCCGGCUCAGAGAUCACCGAUGGCUACAUCAACGGAGAUGCAGCAGUCAGUGAGGGUUACACAGUUGAUGCCUUCUUCAUCACCGACGGUCGCUCGAGGAGAAAAGCUCUCAGCAGCCCCAGGACCAUUCAGAGGCACACCUGCAAUGAGUGCGGCAAAACCUACGCCACGUCCUCAAACCUGAGCCGGCACAAACAGACACACCGCUCACUGGACAGCAAGCUGGCAAAGAAAUGUCCCACCUGCGGGAAGGUGUACGUGUCCAUGCCCGCCAUGGCCAUGCACCUGCUCACUCACGACCUCAAGCACAAGUGUGACGUGUGUGGGAAGGCGUUCAGUCGACCUUGGCUUUUGCAGGGCCACAUGCGCUCGCACACGGGGGAGAAGCCAUUCGGUUGUGCCCACUGCGGAAAGGCCUUCGCGGACCGUUCAAACCUGCGCGCUCACAUGCAGACCCACUCGGCCUUCAAGCACUUCAAGUGCAAACGCUGCGACAAGACCUUCGCACUCAAGAGUUACCUGAACAAGCACUACGAGUCCGCCUGCUUCAAAGGCCCUUUCUCUCCUCUCAGCCCCUUAGAUGCAUGACCCCUGCAUAGAUGAAACAAAUGGACAAAACUGCAGAAUUAACUUGCCAUUAUCCUUAAAGACUGAACUGCAGACACAAACAAUCUAUUUUUGGUCAGAGUAUGACCUUGCUUCCCCUCCUCCCUCUCUCUCACUUCCCCCUCACCUCGCUUUCCCUUGGAGCCUAUUCACGAUGAUGACGACGAUGAAGAUAGCACAAUUUUUCUCCUUGAGAUUUGCCCACUUAAGGAUUUAACUGAUCUACGCAUGCACUUCCUCAAAAACUCUUCACCUCCUCUUCCUCUGUCUGUUCCAGAUAGAGACAAUAAUACUGACACGGCUUCCUUCUGGCAUCUAAAUACAGUAUGACACCGUAUAUUUUGGGACACUGACGAUGAGGAUGACGACAAAGACGAUAGUAAGCCUAUAGUUACUGCGUUCCUCCCUGCACUGAAACACAGUGAAAGAGUUUCCCUUCUUAUUUUCGUUUUUUUGG